CAAUCAGAUCAAUUCAGAGCAAAAUAAGUCUAUUGGGUAACUAAUGAUUGGUUAAUACUGCUCUUACUCCUUGUACAUACACACGAUAACCGAAUUUAAUGACAACCCCCUGUGACGUGAAACAUUUUAGAAAAGAUUUUCCAUUGACGUGAACCAAUCAGACGAGAGCUGCCGUCUGUAAGACCCUCAUAGUGUCAGUUAUUCACAGUCACUCACAGAGAUGGAGAGGCCAAGAAAUGCUUUCGUCGUGUUUAUGUGUGUUUUGUUGUUCAUUCAGAUAAGAGUCUAUGGAGCAGAAGUGGAGAUGAAAGUCAGACCAGGAGACAACAUCACUCUCUACUGUGAUCGCUCUGUAACUUUUGGUUUCCGCUUUGUAUGGAUAAGAAACAGCUGUCAUGAAAACCAAACCUCUCUCGUAAUAGAUUUUAGGAAAUGGAAUCUAGAGAUAUUUAAGCGUUACAGCUUUGUCCACAACCGCUCCAGUAAUUCUCAUGAUCUACAUAUUACUAACAUCAGUGUGUCUGAUCUGGGACUGUAUUACUGUGCAGAAAUAGAGAAUAAGUUAAAUAAAGAUGAAAAAGGCAUCAUCUCCUCAUCUGAAGUGUACUAUUAUGGAAACCGAAAAACUCGUCUCUCUUUUGCAGAGAAAGUAACUUUGUGUUCUGGACCCUCAGACAUCUCCUCCACACUUCCUCUAUCAGACUGUGUUCUCUGCUGGACGCUGCUGUUCAGUGUGUGUCCGGUGUGUGUUCUCCUCUCCUCACUCCUGUCCUCCAUAUGUGUGUACUGCCUCUGUCGGGCUCAAACUGCAGGUUCUGAGAGUGCAGAGAUACUCACAGCGAAUUUUAUUAAGGGGGAUCCUCCAGAGAAACAUCAGUGUGACACGAGUAAAACUGGAGAGAACUGCCUCCACACUGAAGUCUCUUAUAGACUGCUGACGUCUUCAUAUCCAUAUGCUAAGAUGUGAUUCUGCCUGCUCAGUUUAAACACUCUCAUCUGUUGCUAUAGGGACUGUAGCUGCUUAUAGCAUUCUUUUUUCGUACAUUCCUUUUGGAAAUUACUUGCAUUAAUCACAAUAAAGAUUGCCACAAUAUCACCAUG